UGUUGGAGAAACUUCAGGAGUUCACAAUGGGGUCCGGAACAGCGUCCCGGUGUUGGGAUCUGUUUGUUGUUUUGUUUCUGCUACCGCCGUUUAUCUACGCCAACCGGAUUAUCACAGACACACCGGAGCUCCAGAAAUCCACCAUCACCGGGCUGGGGGUAAAGGAGCACUCGCAGAUUGUAGGCCAGCACAAUAGACUCCGCAGCCGGGUCAAACCCAUGGCAGCUAACAUGCAAAAAAUGGAGUGGAAUGAGAAGUUGGCCCUACUUGCAAAGAAGAGGGCAGCAUCGUGUCUCACAGACCCCGCUCCUCAACACGCCUCAUCUUUCAGCCAUAUUGGGUGGAACACACAUCUCUCUGCUGAUGGUGUCACCUCAUUUUCUGAUGCUAUUCACUCUUGGUUUGAGGAGGGGAAAGAUUUUCUCUACUUGAGUGGGCAAUGUAGGGAGAAUGCCACCUGUCAACACUAUACACAGUUGGUGUGGGCCACUUCAAGUAACGUGGGCUGUGCCAGCCAGCUGUGUCUGAGGGAAGGAGAUGUAUCGGAGAUCUUUGUCUGUGCAUAUUACCCUGGGGGUAACUGGGAAGUGAAUGGUUGGCUGGUGAUGCCCUAUAAGACGGGGCUGUACUGCUCUCUCUGCACCUCUUCCAUGUCUGGCUGCUUUAGACUCUGGGAUCAUGUAGGUGGAUUAUGUGAAAUCCCAAGGAAUCCAUGUCGAAUGAGCUGUGGUCAACACGGCCAUCUGAACAUCUCAUCCUGCAAGUGUACGUGUGACCCAGGCUUCACCGGACGCCUCUGCCAGGUACGGUGCAGUGUGCAGUGUGUACACGGUCGGUUCAAAGAAGAAGAAUGCUCUUGCUUGUGUGAUGUUGGCUAUGGUGGUGCUGAGUGCGCAGAGAAAGUGCAGUUUCCCUUCCACAGCUGUGAUGUGAUGAUAGAUGGUGACUGCUUCAUGGUGUCUUCAGAUACUGACACCUACUAUGGAGCAAAGAGUCACUGUCAGGUGAGAGACAGGUGUGUGUCGUCCACUGAGAGAGUGAGACAAGCUCUACAGUCAUACUGUCAUAGAACUCUACAUAUUUCAUUCAACUUCCAGUGUAGCCUUGUCUUUUGUUUACACCACCAGGACCGACGAGGUAUUCUAGUUCAGAUCCACAAUCAGAAGGUUCAGGACAUCCUGGCGUUUUACCUCAGCCAGCUGGAGACGAGCAACGAGGUCACCAACAGUGACUUUGAGACCCGAAAUUUCUGGAUGGGUUUGACAUACAAGCCUCUGAAAGACUCAUUUCGCUGGGACACAGGAGAGAUCCCUACUUUCAGCAGCUUUGCCUUCGGGCAACCUGACAACCAAGGCUUUGGAAACUGUGUGGAGCUGCAGGCAGCAAGUGCCUUUAACUGGAACGACCAGCGAUGUAAAACGCAGAACCGAUACAUUUGCCUGCAUGCUGCUAAGCACAUUGCCCAAUGGGAGGACAGCAGUUGACUUGGAUUUCUCAAACGGGGUGAAACUAACUGUGCAGUAUGUGUUUAAUGUCGGUUGGGACAAUGGCCAUGUUUUUUUCAAUCAUUGUACACAGAUCAAUGUAGUUUAGAUGUACUGUAUAUACUGUACAUGUUUGAGUUUGCAAUUGUUUAUCAUUAAAUGGUUGAAUGUUA